AUCGAAUUGGUACUAAUUUUUCGUGCCGAUACAAGAUGGGUUAUACCAGCAGAUAGAGAACAGUGGAAGGCAAAAUCAAUAGUGGAUUAAGCCAAUCUUCUUUGCCUUUUGGGGGUAUAUUUGAUUUUGUCCGUAUUUCGUCAGAAAUUAAGCAAAAUUGCAAGCACUCGGCAAAUGAUUUAUUUACCUAACAAAUAAGACGGUUUAAGAGACUACCCCCACUCCCGAUAAAUGGCACCUUCUCCGUUUUCCUUCUUUUCUACGGCAAGGCGCAUAAGCGCAAAGGUAUUAGAGUAAUCGCUGGAGAAGGCAGAGUCGUGUUAUCUCGUGGCGGAGCGCGAUGUAAACAAUGUGAUAUUAUUUACUCAUCUCGGCAUGUACUGUCUAAUAACUUAUUGUGGCUUCAUAACUUUGACGGUGAUAUAAGACUUUGUAUUUAGUUGUGAUACGGGAAAUUAUUAAUAAAAGAAAAGGCGUGAACACAUAGAAAGGUGAAACAUUGUGAAAUUACAAUGGAGAUUUAUACAUCGAUAUAGGGGGAAAACAUGAAAGAGCGCGAAGCACACGUGUAUCCAUGGAUAGAAUAAGACAAAAAUGUGUAAUUUAUUUGUUAUUUACCUAUGUUUAAUUUAUGCAGCCGUGGAAAAAGUGACCACAGACGAGAGAGAAUGUGACAUUAACACAAAUCCUUCCAACCUGAAUUCUUUCCUAUGGAUGUUAAGGAGAAAUCCCCCAUCCUAUUUUUUUGGCACAAUUCAUGUUCCCUACACAAGAGUAUGGGACUUCAUUCCAGAGAAUACAAAAGUUGCUUUUGAGGAAGCAGAAGACAUUGUAUUUGAACUGGAUUUGACAAAUCCGUACACCAUAUCCGCUUUAUCCAACUGUCAGCUUCUUCCUAGUGGUGAAACCUUGGAUAGUAUCCUCCCAGAGGAUAUUUAUGUUCGGCUAAAGGACCAUAUCCAGUACGUCAAGUCCAUGCUUCCUACAUGGAUGACGGCGGAUCAGAGAGGAAUGGGAUUAUAUGCCGACUACCUGUUUGAUGUCAUCGCAGGAAAUUGGGAAAGAAAGCGUCCAAUCUGGGUGAUGCUGAUGGUGAAUUCUCUGACAGAAAGUGACAUAAAAUCCAGAGGGAUUCCAGUUUUGGAUUUGUAUUUAGCACAGGAAGCCGAGAAGAUGGGGAAAGUAACCGGUGCAGUGGAAAGAGUGGAGGAGCAAUGUGUUCCCCUGAAUGAACUCAACUUUUCUCAGGUUUUGUUUGCAUUGAAUCAAACACUUUGGCAGCACGAAAUUUCACGGUCCAGUAAGAAUGCUGUUCACUAUACCACUGAGGACCUCAUUCACCACUAUAACUGUGGUGACCUUAAUUCGAUUAUAUUCAACCAUGAUACGGCACAAGUACCGAAUUUGGUCAAUAGCUCACUACCACCCCAAGAUCUUCAGACUGCGAAAAUGAUUGAUGACUACUUCCGAGACGAGCUCAUCAACAAACGCAAUGAGAGAAUGACAGAAAGAGUCAUCAACCUUUUAAAAGCUCACCCACAAAAAAGCUUUUUCUUCGCUUUUGGGGCUGGACAUUUUCUGGGCAAUGAAACUGUGAUUGACAGAUUGAAGAAACAGGGAUACUCAAUAGAACACAUCCAACAGACUGACAGCAUUCCAAGGUCAAAGGGAAAGAGAAGGAGAAAAUUAAGAAGAAGGAAGAAAGAAAGAAAACAGUACUACCAUUCAGUAGAGAAUAUAUGGUUACCAACAGAUCCUGACAGAAGACCAUGGAUGGACCAACUUACCAAAGAAACAAGGAAGCCAACAAGAACUCGCGAGACACCUUUCAAUGAUUUAUGGAUUCGGAUAGACAACAAAAAUCCUGGACUUAUGACAGAAUUGGCAGAGAGAUUCAGUCAAAGUCGAAAUGAGACCCAGAAAAGCCUAGUUUAUCACCAACAGGAAGUCAGAUCCAUUUCAAACGUCGUACACAGUGACUUUAUAUUAACUGUGUUAAUUGUUACAAUAUUGUUAUUUUCUUGACAGUGGAAUUUUUUCCCUUACUGUUGAUAUUAUAAGUUAUUUUUUUUUUACUUGUCUUUCAGCUGGGGGUACAUUUGAAUGUUGUGUUCAUAAAUAUUUCUUGGAAAGCAUUAUCUAUCACACAAUUGCACCAAGAACUAUUACUCUUGUUAAAAUGUAAGUUCAGAGAAGAUUUAUUUCCCUUGUUACUGUGAUAUACAACUAAACACAUGUUAGGAAACUUUAUAGAUGCAAUUACUAAUUACUUAAUAAUUAUAUAUUAUAAAAUAAUUAAGAAAUGAGAACCAGCUCAAUACUCAGUUUUGAUUUGAAUAUUUUGAGUGUAGAAAAUUAUCUCUUUUUUUUUUUUUUUUUGCUAUAAAAAAUAAGACAUACAAAAACAUGUGUCUUCUUGGAAUAUUCAGAUUUUCAUGAUUUACAUGUACUAACAUGUUUCAUCAACAGUCAUCAACAACUAAUCCAAUUUUAAAUGCAAUUAAAUCAUAUCAUGUUAUUUUACAGUAAAUGUAACCUACAUCAGAAAUCCAUUUUCUUGCUAGUCAUAUAAUUAUAUAAACCAUUCAUUGUAUUAAAAGGGUCUUUUGUAACCAUUCAUCUUUCAUUUUUUAUGAAUAAUACAAGAUGAAAACUUCACAGUAAGAUCUGAGUUUUAUUGAUUUGGAGAUUUUUCUUUCCAUAUGACUCCUGAUAUUGGAGAAAUAUUAUCGAUUAUACAGAUAUACUUGUAUUUUUUUCCUUAACAUUACAGUCUAUUGUUAUUGAAUUUUGUUCAAAUUUUCAAUUAUAUGUUAAUGUAUUGCAUAUUGCAUGAAGACUUCUGUUAACUUAUGAAAGUUUUUUACAAGGGAGAAGAAAAAACAAAACAAGAAAAUGUGGUACAUAUAAAUUCAUCAUUUAGUGUUUUUCAUCAAUUUUUAUCAAUACAGUGGCAUGUCACCCAUUGUCUACAUGCAAUCUUUGAUGUACCUGAUUUCCAGGAAAUCUGUUUUGCUUACUUUAAGCAUGGGCAAUAUCCUCAAAUUGUCUACCUCAGUUUUCAAACUAAUUUUUGUUCAGCAUUUCCAGAACAAAUAAAAAAAAUCAUUUCCACUUCAUAAAUGUUUUGUUUUUCUAUCAGCGAGUCAAUUUAUCAUAUCAAAUUAUCAAACGUUUAUCCCUGUAUCCAGUGGCUAUCACUUGUAUAAAUUUUUCAUAACCCACAUUUGGCAUGUAUUCUGACACAUCAUAAUGUUGUAUAAUCAAAUUCAUGUGUGUGCAUUAAUAAACAUGGAAGAUUGA